AAUAAGGUCAACCCUCUCGCAACGGCGUCGUUUCGGGGGAGAUCCAGCAUAGGAGUUCCCUCGAUCCCGAAGCAAAGAAUCCGUCGAAAAGGCCCAAAGGCAAGGCGCUCUCGCUCUCAAUUCGAAGCGGAGCAGAAAUGGAGGAUUGGUGGAAGAGAGCGAAGACCUUCGCGGAAGAAGCCGCGAAGAAGUCCCAGACCCUCGCCACCUCCGCCACCUCCGCCAAUAUCUCCGAUCUUAUCUCCGAGACCGCCAAGAAGUCCAGGGAGCUCGCUCUCGAGGCCUCCAAGAAGGCCGACGAGUUCAAGGUCGCCGCCCUGAAGCAGGCCGACCAGAUCAAGUCCAUUGCCGACUCCAUCGCUCCGCAGGACUCGGGUCCCUCCGGCAAUGCCGCUCCGGUGGCGGAGGAGGACUUCGAGAAGCUCGGCGUCACCGGCGACCUGCGGGAGUUCGUCAAGGGGUUCACGCCCGCGACGUUCCAGAACUUCCCAAUUCGAGAUGAGGGGGAGGAGGAGGAGUGUGGUGUUGCCACGACCGGUUCGAACGUGAGGCAGGAUCUUACGGAGUGGCAAGCGAAACACGCGACUCUCGUUCUCACUACCGUGAAGGAAAUUUCACGGCUGCGAUAUCAAUUGUGCCCUCGGGUCAUGAAAGAGGGGAGAUUUUGGAGGAUCUAUUUUACUCUUGUGAGCACUCAUGUGGCCCCGUAUGAGAAAAGGUACUUGGAGGAUGCUAAGCUCAAGGCUGCGGAGCAAGCUAAAGCUGAGAAGAUGAUGCAGGCCUCAGUUGCAGAGAUCCAAAAUCCUAAAGUGGUGGAUAAAAACGCAAAAAGCAGUUCGUCAACUUUGUCUCCUCAGCAAGACUUGGACACAUUUCUGCUAGGGGAUCUUGAGGACAGCGAUGGAGGCCCAGAUGAUGGGGAAGGGAGCUUUGGUGAUGAUUUUGAUAAGAUCGAUAAUCUGGACGAUGAGGAUGAGGAGGUUCAGCAGAAACCGAAAUGAUCAAAGACUUGGAGGAACUUUGCAUCGUGGAUGUUUACUAGAGGCUCGAUUGAGAUAAUAUUUGUAAAUAUGCAUGUGUUUCCCGCUCCCGUCCAUGCUUUUCAAUUGUCUAUGUAUAGUAUCUGGAGCGAACUUGGUCUCUCCUUGUUGCUAUGCUCGACCCUACUUGAAUUUAUUCGUUCAGGAACUUGCAGGCCUGCGUAGGAAAUGGUAAGAGAACAUGAAUAUGAAAA